AACAAACCGCAGACAUAUUGGAAAUUCAUCAUCUUUGGUGGAAUUCGUAACAAUUUUUUACAGAUUUUAUGUGAUUCUUUCAAUUAUUGAAUCCAUAUUAACCAGAAUUCAAGAGAUAAUCACACGAAGCAAACAGGCAAAAUGCAUCGCCGUGGCGGAAAACGAAUUCGUAUGGAUGAACCUCCACCCGAAUACGAGGAGCAUCAUGAACCCGUAUAUCAGAACGAUCCCCACAAUGAAAGCUGGUCUUCGGGCGGAGCUGGGGAAGGUCCAUCGGAAGAGCAUCAUCCGGAGGAAGAAGCACCGCGGGGCGGCCGGGGUCGAAUGACCAGGUUGCGAGCUCGAGGUGGCGUCCCACUGAAGGCACCGAUUAUCGACGAGGAUGACGAUGACAUAUUUUUCGGGGUACAGAAAACGGUGGUUCUACCGAAACGGAAACCUCCGGGAAGAAAGCCACGGGGUGAGGCGGUCCCGAAGGAACCGAGGGAGAAGAAGGAACGUGUAUAUCAUCACCACGAACAUGAGGAAAGGGUCGUGGUGACUGACAGGGAAAGUACAACGGAUGAGAAUAGUCUGUAUUUCAUCAUAAGACAUGCUAAGUCGGCUAUAACUGGCAUUGUAGACGAUUGGAUUGAGAGUUAUAAGCUAGACAAAGAUUCAGCUUUGAUUGCUCUGAUGAACUUUUUUGUCCACGCCAGUGGCUGUAAGGGUAAAAUUACCCCAGAGAUGCAACAAACGAUGGAACAUACGGCUAUCAUCCGAAAGAUGACGGAAGAGUUCGACGAAGACAGCCACGAAUAUCCGCUGAUUAUGCCUGGUCAGCAGUGGAAAAAGUUUAAAAUGAACUUUUGCGAUUUUGUCCAAACCUUAGUUAAACAAUGUCAGUAUUCUAUAAUUUACGAUCAGUUUUUGAUGGACAAUGUUAUUUCUUUGUUGACCGGGUUAUCCGAUUCGCAAGUGCGAGCAUUCCGUCACACGGCAACAUUGGCGGCGAUGAAGCUAAUGACAGCAUUAGUGGAUGUCGCUCUUUUGGUGUCGGUGAAUUUUGAUAACGCUGCCCGUCAAUACGAUGCGGAACGUUUGAAACCGCGCGAUAAGCGUGCUCCCGAUCGGCUGGAAUCACUUAUGGCCAAGCGUACAGAAUUGGAGGAAAAUAUGGACGAAAUUAAGAAUAUGCUCACUUACAUGUUCAAAUCAGUAUUCGUGCAUCGCUAUCGAGAUACUUUACCGGAAAUACGCGCGAUUUGUAUGUCGGAAAUUGGCAUUUGGAUGCAGAAAUUUUCACAAAACUUUUUGGAUGAUUCUUACCUGAAAUAUAUCGGUUGGACGCUGCACGAUAAGGUCGGAGAAGUGCGGCUCCGCUGUUUGCAAGCACUCUUGCCGCUUUACGAAAACGAGGAACUGAAGGGCAAGCUGGAACUGUUCACUUCAAAGUUCAAGGAUCGUAUCGUGGCUAUGACAUUGGAUAAGGAAUUUGACGCCGCCGUCCAUGCCGUAAAGUUGGUCAUCAAUAUAUUAAAAAUCCACCAGGACAUUCUAACGGAUAAGGACUGCGAAAUCGUGUACGAAUUGGUUUACUCAUCGCAUCGUGGUGUAGCUCAAGCUGCAGCUGAGUUCUUGAAUGUACGUUUGUUCUGUCUGGAUGCAGACGCCACUGUUACCUACACAAAACGUGGCAAAAAGCGGCUGGCUAACACUCCACUCAUCAGGGAUUUGGUUCAGUUCUUCAUCGAAUCCGAGCUUCACGAGCACGGAGCAUAUCUGGUAGAUUCCUUCAUUGAUAGUAAUCCGAUGGUAAAGGACUGGGAGUGUAUGACCGAUUUGUUGCUAGAAGAACCGGGUCCUAUGGAAGAAACGUUGGACAACAAACAGGAAUCGACGUUGAUUGAAAUCAUGGUCAGUGCAGUUCGUCAGGCAGCUACCGGUGAACCUCCGGUAGGUCGUGGUAGCAGCCGAAAAAUGACUUUAAGCGCCAAGGAGAUUAAACAAGUUCAGGACGAUAAGCAACGUUUGACAGAGCAUUUCAUUCAGCAUUUGCCUUUGUUGCUCAAUAAGUAUAGCGCUGAUAGUGAGAAGCUGACCAAUUUGUUAGCUAUUCCUCAGUAUUUUGAUCUGGAGCUGUACACCACGACUAGACAGGAGGCCAAUUUGCAGGCACUGUUGGAUAAGAUGACUCAUAUAAUGUCGAUCCACGUUGAUCGAGAGGUUUUGGAGACCUGCUCGAAAACAUUUGAGUUCCUGUGCACUGAAGGAAGCGCAAUCUACACCCGUUGCGAUGUGGCCAGAUCAAAUGUUAUUGACGAAUGCGUCAAUCGGUACAAGGAAGCAAUCGAUGACUAUCGCAACCUGAUUGCUGGAGAAGAAACACCCAAUGAAGAUGAAAUUUAUAAUGUGAACAUAAGCCUGAAGAAAGUUUCGAUUUUGUACUCGUGCCACAAUUUGAAUCCGUGGAAUUUAUUCGACUCUUUGUAUCAGGAUAUUGAAGAAAGUCUGUCAGAAAACGCGGGAGAUAAUGGAAUUCCACAUGAGGCUCUCGUUUACUGCAUUGAAGCCUGUGUAUUUUCUAUCAACUGGGGGUUGUACUUUUUAGAAAACACCAUGGACAGAUCAGCGGCAGCAGAAGUGAAUGAAUUGUCUGAAAAUUUGAAGAAAUACAUGAACGCCUGCAAUGAACUAAUGCACUACGAUGUAGCACCCACUGUUCAGGAAGCAGCUUACAUGUCGAUUUGCGACUUGUUGGUGGUUUUCAGUGACCAGUUGACUACUCAUCAUAACGAGAACAUUAGAAAACUAAUCUAUAUGCCAAGUGCAGAACAGCAAGGCUUACUAAACGAAUUUGUUCAAGCAAAUGUGUUUUCCACCGAGCAGGAAGAAGGUCACGAUGAAACCAGGAUUGAAGAGCUACACAAAAAACGUAACUUCCUAGCUGCAUAUUGCAAACUAAUUGUUUAUAACAUUCUACCUAUGAAAUCAGCUGCUGAUAUUUUCAAGCACUACUUGAGGUGUUACAACGAAUACGGAGAUAUAAUCAAGACAACCCUUGGCAAAACUCGAGAAAUCAACAAAGUCAAUUGCGCCAUGACCAUGUGUCUAAGUUUGAUCAACGUAUUCAAAGACAUUCAGGAGGCAUCUAUGGCGGGUCGCAUUUCCCGAAACUCACAAGAGUUCCAGGAUCUAAAAGAAUUGGCCAAACGUUUCGCGCUGUCUUUCGGCUUGGACGCGGUAAAAAAUCGUGAAGCCAUAACCGUUUUCCAUCGGGCAGGCAUUCUUUUUGCCGUUACCAUACCGAACGAUGGCAGCGAAGAUCCUUCUUCAGCUCCGCCCUGUCUCGCUUUUCUUGAAGUGCUUUCCGAACUGACCAAUAAAUUGAUCAAGCAAGACAAGAAACUUAUAUUAAGUUUCCUUGAACGUCGCCUCAAUGCAGCGAUACCAUCGAGCCGUUCCGAUGAAUGGCAACCGUUAAUGACGUACAAAAAUUCGUUGCUUCAUGGCGAAACUGAGCAGAUGCCAGUUACGUCGAAACGGGCAUACACCCGCAAGAAGAAGGACUACGAUCACGAUGAUGAAGAAGAGCCGGAUGAUGAGAACGAUGAAGAUUAUGUGGGAUAAGUUGAAGGGGUUAUUCAAUACAUUCGAUACAUUUACAGCUAAGCAAAGACCGUAUAAUAUCUGUGCACUAUUUGUCUAGUACAUGUAUUGUGGUACCGUAAAUACAAAUUCAGUUGUGUAGUGCGA